UCUGGGUUCGCGCCCUCCUUCCAAGCAGCUUCCAGCCUCCUUCGAUCUCAAGCCGGAGGUAAAGCGCCCCCGUGUCUUCUGCUCGGUGUGGGUGUGGCUCGGCCUGCUACCGCGGUCCCCAACUCCCACCCCACCCUCUCCAGUGGACCCAGCCACCCCCACUCCUCAUUCUAGACUUGAUGUCUGACCCGGCUGGAAACCUCAAUAUCCGAAUGGCGAAUGUUGUUUUGAGAGACGAAUUAAAUGCUCUUCGCGGGGAGAAUGCCAAUUUGGGCCUGCAGCUCGGAAGAGCCUUGGCCGAGGUGAAUUCUUUGCGGGGCAACGUCUCGAGCUACAUUCGCUGGCCAGUGCCCUUGGGGCCCGUCCUUGCAGAGGAGGAGAACCUAGAGUUUCUACUCAGGAUGGACGCUGUCCCAGAGGGAGAGGAGCCAGCCCUGUGCUGCCCACCCGCAUGCACGGAGCCAGAUGAUGCCCCCGAACAGUUGAUGAGCGGGAUGGCUGCAGAUGGGCCUCCGCAAACACCGAUUUUGCUAUUGUCUGCAGGGAGGGACCCGGUCCCCCAGCUUUCUCUCCCCACGCUGGAGAGGCCUGAAAUAGAGCCCUUUUCAGGAGACCCAGUCUACCUGGCUGAAUUCCUGAUGCAGCUAGAAACCUUCAUAGCCCACCAUGAGGAUCAUUUCUCUGGAGGCACCGAGCGGGUGGCCUUCCUGAUCUCCUUUUUUGCUGGUAGAGCUAAAGAGUGGGCCAUCUCAGUCACCCAGGAGGGAAGCUCUCUUCGCACCAACUUCCCGCGUUUCUUGGAUGAGAUUCGGAAGGAAUUCUGUGGCCCAAUACCCCCAAAUGUUGCUAAAAAGGCCAUUCGCAAACUUAAGCAAGGCAACUGUACCCUGGGCAGCUAUGCAGAUGCUUUUCAGUUCCUGGCCCAAUUUUUGUCUUGGGAUGAUUGUCGCCUUCAAACUCAGUUCCUUAAAGGCCUGUCAGAAUUCAUCUGCAAGGAGCUUGUCUGGUCCACAGACAUGGCUGACCUGGAUGAGCUGAUUCUAGAAUGUGUGGAGAUAGAAAGAAAACUGCGCCUACCCAAGCCUACUCCACUGCCUGGGGUUCGAAAGGUCUUCUUUCCUUUUGCUGAGGAGUCUAAAGAUAAUGACAGUGAGGAACGAAAAUGCCAUAAUGAUGAUGAAGACGCAGAGGGGCACAGAGGCAGGCUGCCCCAGAGGGAUCAGCAGAGGAGUGUGAGAGUUGGUCAGCAAGAGUUGAGGGAGGAGGCAGACAGGAAAAAGAAAGAAGAAGAGGUGAGGAAGGAGAAAGGGGAGAUGAAAAAGAAAGAGGAGGUCUGUUAUACCACAGAGGAAGUGUACCUGGAGGAAGGCGAUGAGGAUGAGGAGGUAGAUGUGGAGUUCAUUAACAGCGAGGAUGAAGAUGAUAACAAGAGUCUGGGAGCACAUUUAAUGAUCAUUGGGGGCCAAGAGGCAGAGCAGGAGGCAGAGCCAGAGGAAGAGUCAGAGGAUGAGACCCAAGAUGAUGACCUAGAAGAGCUGAUGAUACCUCCAACCUUUGCUAAUGCAUCGUCGACUACUGACUUAUACCAUGAAAACUUUCUGGAUGACUCGCCUCCUGCCAUACAGUCCAGCAGACAAGAGAACCAGAGUCGGGUCAUAAUUCUGGAAGGACUUCCAGGGUCCAAUUUACCAUUCUACAGCUCUCGGCCACAUAUCCACCGUGGAGGGCGCAUGGGGCAUCGCCAAACCCGAAGACGCCCCCCAAUGCUCUUCCGCCUCACUCCUAGACAAGGGGGCCACCGAGCUUCAAGGGGCCGAAUUCGUGUGUGAGACGGCCACCUGGAACACACCCUUGUAGCUACCCCCUUCCCUGCUAUUGCUGCCACACCUGCUCCAUUCUCUGACCAGUACUUAAGAGAGUUCUACACCUGCAGAAUCAGAAGACCUAGAGAACAUCACACCAUCUGUUAGCCAUGGCCUAGUAGGGCCUCACCACAAAUGGCUACCUGGGAAAGGGGAGACAUUAGCAAUAGCUGAGCUCGUAGUGUAUGGUACCCUUGGCUCAGUCCAAGCCAAGGAGAGAGCAGUUUUUUAAAUCAACUUUUUGCAUUUUUCUUCUAGUUGUUAACCCUCACCUUAAAUCUCCCUGACUUAUUUUAUCCCAUGUGUUUUGGUUUAAAUUCUGGCUGGCUUAACACGACUUCAUUCAAUGCCUCACUGAUCUGCCUCAAUGAGCAAAAGGACUGACAACACCGAGCAUUUCCUAGAGCCACUGAGGUCACAGACUAGAUGUAAUCAGUGGAGAGCAGGAUGGUAUUAAGAAAGUGAAGAGGAUCCAAUCUCUAGCCCAGUUGAUAACAUGCAAGGACAGCUGUAAAGUGAACAACUGACUGGGAUUUGCCCUUGACUGACUGCCAGCAGAUUCCACUUUCCCAAAGACUCCUGUAUCAGGGCCUUUGAACUCACUUGCCAAAGGAACCCUCUCCUUUGUUUUUGUUUUUGUUUUUGGACACUCCAGGCUCAGGAGUUACUCCUGAAUCUUCACUCAGGAAUUAUUCCUGGUAGGCUUGGUGAACCAUAUGGGAUACUGAGGAUAGAAUCUGUGUUGGUUACUUGCAAGGCAAAUGCCUUACUCUGUAAUAUGGUUUUGGCCCCUCUCUCCUUUUACCAUGCUGCCCUUACAAACCUCUCAGAUGAACAGAGUUUCAUGCUCUCUUCUAUGAUGUUGCCUCAAGGUUUCAGUGGGAUGGAGGAGAGCAAGAGACAGCAGCAGCAGCAGCAGCAGCAACUCUUUUGUCAUAAAGUGAUAUUCUUUCCCAAGGGAUGGUGAUCUCUAGCCUGGCUAGACCUUGAACUGUAGCCCCUUGACUCAGACAAUAAAAUUUCUUAGUUCCUAGAGGAUAAAGAAAAGUAUCUUCUACAGAGAUUGCAGCCAACACAUCCUCAGUGUUGGGUACCCUCAAACCUUUUACUUGGGGUGUAAGCCAAAGUCUAAUAUUAAACUUUGAUUAGGCUGUGAGGCUUGAGGAAGUAUUUGCCUCUUAGUAACUCUGGGGCCACAAAGUUUGGUGCUUUAACAUUCAGCUCUGCUGCUUGCCUUGGGUCCAGAAAACACUGUUUCUGCAUUGAAGCCCACAUACUUUCAUCUGACCACAGAACAUCAACCAGCCCCACUCCUGGCCAGACUGCACUCUGCACUGAGCCCCCUGCACAGCUGUGGGUAUGCAGCCAAACAGUAUGUGGGAAGAAAACAUAGUAAAUGAAUCAGCUUUUGAUUUAGUGCUGGAGUCUGAGUCUCUGAAUUAUUCUGAAUAACCUUAGCUCAGCCUUAGGAAUAAUGAGCUUGGGGGGCAAGAAGAUGGGGCUGGAAGAAAAGGAUACUUGGAAAAGCCCAGUUCCUUGGCUAGCUUCUGGUGAGGUCUCUAUUCAUUUAUGGAAGUGAAUUCCUCAUGACUUUCCAGAGGUUCCAGAAUCAGGACUGCUCUUCUUUGAGGCUGUGGACCUUGACUGCUGACAGAUGACCGCUGGCUCUGCUGCCCUCUUCCCUGUAGGAUUCCUUGCAUUCUUAACCCUACCCCACCUCAGCAGAUAUCCUGCUUGUUCCCUGAUAUAUCUUACCCUAAGUGCUUAGAGCCUCAGUCAGGGAAAGAAUAUAUGAGUACUGAGAUGAUUUCUGGGCCUACAUAGCAAGGACUCAUAUCCUUCCCUUUGACUAUCCUGCCUUUUCUCAGAUCCUAAAUAUUUGGUUGUUAUACAAUAGCAACAAGAGAUGUAAGAGAACUGAUUAUACUUUGGGUACUUCUUUGGGGUUUGAAAGAGGGUAGGGGUGGGUAAUGCAUGCAAAAGUGUGAAGGGUAGCUCAAGGAGUCCCUAAAACUUGGAAGGAUACUAGUUUGGAAUAAAUGUGUUAUUGUGGUGUUGUUGCAGUUGGUUUGUGUUAUGAAGAUAAACUGUUCUUCUGUAUGCAAAAGCUUUCUCCUCAAUAAAAUUCAAAAGGGUGUGUAAA